AUGCAAACAGAGUUACCAAAUGAACUACAUGAUUAUAUUUCAGCCAUAUUAGGCAUGAGGCAGCCUUAUGAGCUUUCGCCAAAACAGCACGAUGAGGGAGUAGAUGAGCUGAUGAUGAAUGAAAGUGAUGAUGAUUCACAACAUCGGACUUUGCUAUUGUUCCAAGCCGAUUCCUUGUGGAAUUUAGGUGAAUCCGCGAAGUCUCAAGAAAUAGUCAAGUCUUGCCUGGAACAGCUCUCGACGCAACGACAAAAACAAGAACAAGAACAAUCAGAUGAUAAUGAUAAUAUGCAUCAGUCCUUUGCCGAGGGAUUGCAGUCAUUGAAUGUGGGAAAAUUCACCGAAGCGUUGAUUAGUUUUCGACAGGCUACUGCUGCUUGCUCACAUUCACAAUCAUUAUUGAAAGCAUUCUUUACCGAACGUGCCGUCAACAUUGCCUUUUGGAUGGCCUGCACGGGCAGCAUGUUGGAGGCGUCCAAAGUAUUGGAGGCCAAUAUUCAAGACACGCCCUUUUGUGGUGGUAUCUUGGCGUUUGCCCAUUAUAUGUCGGGUGAUUCCAAACAAGCCGAAUCGAUUGCCAGAACCGCCAUUGCUAGUGGCAUGGACGACCCUUGGACCAUCCAUGCCGUAGCCCAUGCGUUGACGUCUCAAGGUUUUCAUGAACAGUGCGCCAACUGGCUGAUCUUGCACAGACCAAAGUUUGAAGAUUGCAACUUUUUCAUGAAGGGACACAUGGAAUUUCAUUUGGCACUAUCCUACUUGUAUCUCAAAGAUGACGCCAAGUUGCAUGCUUUAAUUGUCAAUGGUAGUCUGUGGGGAACUAUGUCAGAAGCAAUGAAAGCGGAUUAUUGGAAUGCUGCCGGACUGUUGAAUGUAUUGUGGAAGGCUGAAAUCCGCAAGGUGAUUUCUAAUCCUUUAAAGCAUGAGGAAUAUUCUAAUUUGGUGAAGGAAGCAUUGGAGCGAAUUGAUACUAUCUUGUUUCAGGGCGAUGAGGCCAAUGUCAACAAGUCUUCUGUAUUCUCGCUUUGCAUUUUCCGCUUUACCGAAGGAGCCAUGCGCGAGAAAUGGAGCAAAGCCUUGCUGUUGUUGCCAGACAAUAGUAGUACUAGUAGUAGUACUAGUAUCAACAAUGAGGUUUUGACAAGGGUUGCAAAGGCAGUGAGUAUAUUUUAUCACAACGGUGAUGAUGACAAUGAUGAUAACUAUGAUCAUGGCAGCAGCGAUUCAAAGACUGAAACAAUAAGUUUGAUUCUGAAACCAAUCACAAACAAACUACCAAAGUUGGGAGCCUCUCCAGAACAAAGGGAGACCAUUGAUGACUUUGUACAAAUGAUGAUCAUUCAAUAA